UUUCAGUCGCCUGAUGAAUGACGACUACCUACUUUUCAAUUCCAAAUGAUGUUAUAUGACUGCUGUUGACGCUGUGUUGCGCUGUCGCUGAUAGAUCAUAAACUGUUUUGGUCUCUGAACUAUUUCUAUUUGUUAUUUGUUAAGUAUUUCAUUAUAAAUUCAUCGAGACGUUCUUGUAAGAGUUCACGAUGCCGGAGGAAGUGCCUCAUUUCGUUCAGCCAGAAAUACAAAAUAAUCCAUUUGGAUGGGGACCGUGCGAAAUGCCCGACCAAUUUAAAGAUAUGCCAUACCAACCCUUUUCAAAAGGAGAUCGUAUUGGAAAAGUAAAAUAACUUAAAUCAUACAUUCAUACUGUUUUCAAUAUUAAUCUGGGUUUUCUCUUUAGAUUUCCGACUGGACUGGCCUAUCACAAGACAAAAAAUAUUUGAGUGAGUAUGGUUUGUUUUAAUAACGGUUUACCAAAAACCAUUAAUUUGUAACUUUUUCAGACAAAUACCAGUCUCAGUUUGGUGGUGGAACUCAAUAUACAUAUUAUCAUGAAGAAGAUGAAAACACAUUCCAUUUAGUAGACACUGCUCGUGUUCAGAAACCCCCUUACCAACGUGGUCGUCAUUUCCGUCAAGGUGGCCGUAUGAUGCGUGGACAAGGUGGUCGCGGUGGUUUAUCUCGAUUACCUGGUGGUUCAAAUCAGUUCCAAACUCUUGGAAAAUUAAAUAAACUUCAAAGGUCUAAUAUUUUAUAUUUUUAAGCGAUCUGUGUGACACAAAUACUAUAUUUUUAAUUUGUGACCUAUUAUUCAAUAUGUCAUAUACAUAUGAUAACACAAAAUAUUGUAGCUAGACACAUUUUGAUUGGAAUUGGUUUUUUUUGGACAAUAGGAGGUACUGAAAUACAUAUUUUGAAUUCAUUUUCAAAAUUCUAACUUUUGAAGUGUACAAAUUAAAAUAAAACUUACAUUUUUUUAAAUGAAAAUACUUUUAAUUCCUAUAAGUAACAUUUUUAUUGAACACGUCUUUUUUUUAAUCUGAAAUUUAUGGGCCGAUGUAGGAUAUUUUCUGUUAGUUUGAAUAAUGAAAUCAGAGUUCUGUCAAAUUAAAUUACAAUAUAAAUUUUCAGAAAUGUUAAUAUUUUUAGUAAGACCUGAACAUGAAAAGUUAUUGAAAUGCCCAACAAAAUUGUGUAUGAUUUCAAAAUUAAAAAAGCAAUAUUUUGUGUUUUUAAUAACAAAAUAUGUGAUUAUAUUAAUAUUUCUUUCAUUUUAUCAUCAAUCUUUUUAUCUCGAUAAGUAUUAGCAUAGUUUCUACGGCUUAUGGAGAUUUUGCUUAUUGGGCUUACCUCUAGGUCUGCCAUCUUUUAAAUGUAGCAGCCAUAAUUAUAAUUAAUAAAAUAUUUCCAGAGAUCGGAAGAAUCCAAAUGCACGUAGAGGUUGGAAUAAAAACCAAGGAGGGCGAUCUAAUAAAAACAAUAUGCAGAUGAAAAGUCGUGAUGCUUCAGUUACUGUACGUGCUGAUUGGAAUACAAUAGAAGAGAUGGACUUUGUAAGAUUUUCGAAAUUAUCAUUGCCAAAUAUUAAGGAGCCUGAAGAUUUGUAGGUUUUUUCAUUAAAUAAAUUAAAUUUAAGUCUGAUUGUAUUUAACAUUUCUGUUUUUCUUAAUUAUUAUAGGGUCUGUUGUGGCUCUUUGGAAUACUAUGAUAAAUCCUACGACCGAAUUAAUGUGAAAAAUGAAAAACCACUUCAACGUGUUGAUAGACUUUUCCAUACUGUUACUACUACUGAUGAUCCAGUUAUAAGAAAAGUAAGUUUAUAAAUUUAAGAUCCCCUGCACGGUCCAUAUUAUUAGUUAUUACUUUUCUAUGGCUUUCAUUGUUAUAAAUAUUUUUUACGGAAUUUGAGGUUUAGUAUGAUAUGAUGAUUCUAGUGUUUAUAAAAUCUACAAUUACAGUGGCACACCUAUCAAUAGUGUUAGAUUUUUUUUAUAAUUCAUAAUCUUUUUUCCUUAUUGUCCUAUAGUUUGUAAUUUAUAAAAAGAAAUUAUUUUUUUCUAUAAUCAAUAAUAUAAGUUGUGGUUUAAUUAUUUAAAAAGUAUGCAUUUUUUAAUAUUCAGUCUCAUUUAUGAUUGAAAUUCAUUUAGUAUCUAUUGGUUAUCCUUAUGCUUUUAACUUUGUCAAUAUAUAUUUUUUUAAUUUGGGUUUUGUGUGAGGGCAACACAUUAGGAUAAAAAUUACAUUUUUAUAGAUUUUUAGUUUUCUUUUUUUUAAAAUUUACAAAAUAUCCAUUUUGUAAAAAAUAUUUUAAACAUUUUAAUGUAAUAUAUCUAUUCAUAUUUCAUACCCAAUCAAUAAUUUCUUAGUUAUAGCGGCUUUUAAAUACAUAGAAAAUAAGCCUGAAAACAAUCAAUAUUCAAUAGAAGAUAUAGAAUUACCCUGCUGAUUGUGAUUCCUUAUCACUUAAUGUGUUAUUCUAUUGAAAAUUAAUAAUUUUCACCAAUUUUCUAGAAACUAAAAUGUCUUUUACUAAGAAAAUAUUCAUCGGGUAUAAAUGUAUGCUACAUUAAAAUGUUAAGAAUAAUAUCUUACAAAAUGGAUAUUUUGAAAAUAUUAAAGUUAUUUUUUUUUUCAAUAAUUAAGAGAUGAAAAUAAAAUGAAUAUUGAUCAAAUUAUUAGCAUAAGAAUAACACUGAAAGACACCCUGUAUAUAAUAAUACUUUUUAUUUAAUAUUUAAUUAUAAGUUAAUAUUUUUUAAAUUUUAUAAGAAAUCAAUGAAUACUAACUUACAAAAUUAAUAUAUUAUGAACUCCCAUAUUAAUAUAUUUUAUCUAGAUACAUUUUUUUUUUUCACAUGCUUCUAAAUUUAAAAAAACUUAAAUUAAUUGUUUAUUUUUAAUAGUUGGUGAAAACUGUGGGAAAUGUUUAUGCAACAGAUACUAUAUUGGCAUGUUUGAUGUGUUGUACUCGUUCUAACUACAGUUGGGACAUAGUUAUUGAAAAAGUUGGUGAUAAACUGUUCUUUGACAAGAGAGACAACACUGAAUUUGGUAAGAUUAUUGUACUAUUUUAUUUACUUAAUUGUAUUAUUUAAUUUAACACAAUAAAUAUUUACUUUUAGAUUUGCUUACUGUUAAUGAGACUGCUGUAGAACCUCCAUCAGAAGAAGCAAACAGCUUGAAUUCACCAAGAAAUUUGGCAUUAGAAGCUACAUUUAUCAAUCAUAAUUUCUCUCAACAAGUUUUAAAAACUGUAUGUGUUUAUUGAAAAGUAAAAGAAAUAAUUUGUAUAAUUAUUAUAUAAUAUUUAAGGGAGAACAACGGUACAAGUUUGAUGAGCCCAACCCAUUUAUAUCAGAUGAUGAAACUGAAGGAGAAGUAGCGUCUGUUGCUUAUCGAUAUCGUAAAUGGGAUUUGGAUAAUGGAAUUGUAUUAGUUGCCAGGUGUGAACAUGACUCUGUCCUACAAGUACCUAAUGGAGAUUUACAGUUUUUGACUAUCAAAGCACUCAAUGAAUGGGACUCAAAAGUACGAUAACAGUAAUUAUAAUUUAAUUAUGUAAUUUGUAAUUUAUGUUUUUAUUUUAUUUGUCAAACUAGUUGUCUGGUGGAGUAGAUUGGCGUCACAAAUUAGAUGUACAACGUGGAGGAGUUUUAGCCACUGAAUUGCGAAAUAAUGCUGGGAAAUUAGCUAAAUGGACAGUUCAAGCUUUGUUAGCAGGCUCAGAUUACAUAAAGUUUGGUUAUGUUAGUCGUGUUCAAGUUCGUGACUCGUCCAAACAUGUAAUAUUAGGUACACAACAGUACAAGCCUACUGAAUUUGCUACACAGAUAAAUCUGAACAUGGAUAAUGCUUGGGGAAUUUUGAGAUGCAUUAUAGAUUUAUGUAUGAAGCAAAAAGAUGGGAAAUUCCUCAUUAUGAAAGAUCCAAACAAGGUAGGUUUUUUUUUUUAAUUCAACUUUUUUUUUUUUCGUGAUUAGUAACUAACUAAUAUAUUUUUUAAUAAUAGCCGCUCAUUCGUUUGUAUGACAUUCCGGAUAAUACUUUUGAUUCGGACAAUGAAGAAAAUGAAGAUGAAGAAAGUGGUAAGAAUAUUUUUUUUGUAGUUUAUUUCGAUUCAAAUUAAAAUACUCUAUUGCUACUGCUUUAAUAACUAUUAAAUGUAUACCUAAUUGUAUGAUUUUUAAUUAAAUAUAUUUUAUCAGCAUUAUGUUUUUGUUUAGGUGAAAAAUCAACAAUACCAGAAGAACUACUUCCACCAAAUCCAUGAGAGACAAUUUAUAUUUCAUUUACUUAAAACAACAAAAAAAAAAAAAAAAAAUAGUUUAUAUUCUUUAGUCUUUUAAUAUGUUUUUCGUUCAUAAACUUAAUAUAUUGCAGUAUAUUUACUACCAGAUUCAUUCUACAAUGAAAUACUUAUUUAAACAUUUAUUUCUAUUAUCUAUUAAAAUAUUAUACAAUUCAAUUUUUUUUAAUGGAGUUAUUAAGAUAUUGUAUACUUAAUCAUUCCUAAUGACUUCUCUUUUUGCUAGUACUAAAAAAAUAAGGUUCUUAAAUUUCAGAACAAUAACCACGAGUAGCAAAAGACUCGUAUCUAUUUGUACGUUGUGUUUUUG